AUGAAAAACAUAUCUCCCGCCAACUUUCGUGCUCCACAAGAGGUUGUCGACCGCAUUGUCGAUGACUGUUAUGAACCAAAAGAGCAACAAGAAUCGAUCCAAAUUAUGUCAAACAUUUCUCUAGUCUGUCGAGCAUUUCGCCGAAGAGCGCAGAAGUACAUAUUCUCCAGAGUGGAGUUUGACGCCAGUCCUGCCAAAAUAUUUGCUCUAGCAGGUCUUCUAGAAAUCAUCCAGCAAACACCCGAGAUUGGCGCGAGCAUCUCCGAGAUACACCUUGUAUUGGACGAUCACGAUCGUCCCUGGUUCGCAACUCACCGGAAGUUCAUUCAGGUCAUGGCACUCACCAACGUCAAGAGUCUCCGUCUAUCUUCGGAUUCAGGUUUACCCGAACCCCCUAUCCACGAAACCGCUGCCCUCGAAACCAAAUUCUGGAAACCUUACAUCGCCCCGUCCCUUACUUCUCUCACCCUAACACGAAUAUUCGACUUUCCUGUCGGACUCCUCUCUCAAUGCACAAACCUGUCUGAUCUUACCUUCAGCAUGGUUGGUCUGUAUCGAGGGAAGCAAAGGACCAAGAACAUCCCCCCUCAUCCUUUCCCGCAGAUCCGAAAACUAAAAUACGAACUUCAAGAUACCGCUCUCGAUUUUUUACUUCAAGAACAAACUCCAGAUGGUCGGCAAUACCUGGACUUCUCUAGGCUUCGAUCUCUACAUGUAGAGGUUUCGUCCGUUGAAAAAAUAAAAUCCACACGCGAACUUAUUGAAAUUUCGGGAGGUUAUUUGGAAGAAUUGCAUAUCAACGAAGUCGACUGGUCAGAAGGCCAUGAAUAUUUUUCCCUUCAAAAUCUUUUGGACCUCCGGAGAGCAGUGGCUUUGCAACAACUAAAGGUGGACGUUGUGUUCGCCGGACCCACGAGAGGAGAAGAUUCAUUACUUGCCCUAUCCAGCAUUCUCCAAACAAUACCGCACGAUAACCACAUGAGAAGGCUAUUCAUCAACUGUUAUAUUGGAUAUGACGGCUGGGCAACGCUGGAGAGCUGCUUCAACGCCAAAUGGUCCGCCCUCGACGCGGACCUCCUUCAUUUAUCAAAUAGCAAGUCACUACACGUCGAUCUGUUCUUAAUUUACCAGCCGGACGAGGAGACGCUAGACGAGCACAGGGGCGAGGAACGGAUGACAGAAAAACUUCGGGAGCUUUACGACCCUUUACUCGACAAGCUUGCACCGGACAUCUCUCCUUACAAGACCUCCCGCUCCCCGCUCUCUGGAUGCGUCAUCUCCAAAGACUCCGUCCCAAUCUCCAAGGUAUUCUACUCCUACCACCCCGGGCUGCUCUACUAG